AUGGCGGACGCUAUUACUCUCGCGCGUGAACGCCUUGCGGCCAAGUUUGGCGACGUCCGCACGGGCGGCAAAGGCAGUGUGCGCCGAAAGCGCAAAGUCGCGCACAAGACGGUCUCGGUCGACGACACGAAGCUCGGGGCGGCGCUGAAGAAGCUGGGCGUGACGCCCAUUCCCGGCGUCGAAGAGGUCAACCUCUUUAAAGCCGACGGUCAGGUCAUUCACUUUCAAGCGCCCAAGGUGCAAGCGUCGAUCGCUUCCAACACGUUCGCUGUGAGUGGAUACAACCAGACCAAGUCGCUGCAGGAGCUGCUGCCAGGCAUUAUCAGUCAGCUUGGCCCGGACAACCUCGCCAACUUGAAGCAGAUUGCCGAGUCGUACACAGCUGCUCAGAAGGCGGCGAAGGCUGCGUCGGCUGCUGCUGCAGACGAUGACGACGAUGACGAAGUACCGGACCUUGUCGACAACUUCGAGGACGUUAGCCAGCAAGAUUAA